UACAAAAUACUCAAAAGAAAUUGAAAUACGUAUUUCAAAUACAAGUAAUAGAAAUACUGCCCAUCUCUGAAAAUGGGGUUGUUUGCAUGUGCGGCACAAGUAGUCACAAGUACAAAGCAAUGGGUGCCCUCAUGAACUGAGUUAUUGGUGUGAAAUAUGUCGCAGUAGUCCCUUCGUUAGCUGUGAGGGUGGGAGCGGGGUGACAUCAUGGGCCAGACAAACAAGGCGAGGCUUAAUGAAGAAGUAGGCCAUUGUCUCAACAGUCCCACUGCAAAGUCCUAAUCUCCAGUCAGAGAGGCAUCAGGAAUAUCUCGCCUCACUCUUCAGCAGCUUGAAAGUUGGUGCUGGACCACUGACUAAAAUGACAACUCAUCUUCUGUGUUUCACAUGGAUCAGCUCAGGUAUUAGAAGUAAUGACAUCUAUGUCACGUUUGUUUUUUGGACUGAUAUUGGUGUGGGAUUUAUGACAUUUCAAGUGAUUAUCCUCUUUAAAUGGAUGCAAUUAGUGACCGCUUACUAGGUAGUUUACAAAUCUUACAUGAACUCUCAUCAUACUGGAUUCAAAAAAACAAAAAAUAACUUCCAGCAAUAAGACCUUUACCCGAGGAGGGAGUCCAUGGAAUAGUCGGAUAUGAAGUCUUCACAGGGGACAUUUUGACACGUCACAGUGGGAACAGCAUAGGUGUAAUACAACAAAAGUCAUGAUGAGCGGCUGAGUUCCAUUUAGCUGCUUCGGUUUCAGAGCCUUGAUUUCUGUACAUGCUGGCUCACUGUCGCACUGCCGUGGCUCUGUGGCUUACUUGAAUGGAACGGGGCCAUCUUUAAUGUUAACAGUAAGACCAUUGCUCUUCUUACUUGGAUAAGUCAAAAUGUGUGCUGUGAAAAAGUACCAGAAACCCCCACUCUGCUUCUAGUCUUUUGCCAAUGGGUGCUUUAGUAGGGUGGACGUUUGCUGUCAAGAGGAAUGGGACACUGGCCUGUACGGUGAAAGACACAACCACUGCCCUUUUACUCUGUGUUUGUCUGCACUGUCGCCCUGCAGACACAUUCUCUGAAUUGUGGGUCUUAUGGUUGACUAGCUGGAGGCGGUGUCAGUAGAGGUCGGCAGUGCACACCACUGGAAAGUGAGAGUGACAUUCCAUCCGGGGAGAGUCCGAAGUGACAGCUGGCUGUAAGUAACAACUAGACCAGGGAGCGAGGGGAUCGACAGGGUAUAAUGAGGGGGGGGGGGGAUUGUGCUUUGGAGAUAUUUUGAGAAGCAGCUUGGUUAGAUGUUCUGCUGGACCCAGUCUGUGUGUCUUGAUUUUAGCUUAGCUGGACUGUGAAGCUCUCAUGAGGAUCAACGAGAAAGAGGAUAAAAGAGACAAUGACAGUGAGUGUUGGUUGGUCUGUUAGCUUUUAGACUCUGUGUGUGCGUGUGUGCGUGUGUGUGUGUGUGUGUGUGUGGUUGUAGUUGAACCUCUUACGUUUUCUGUCCUUUUUCCCCAGCGUCCUGUGUUCCUUUUAUAUUGUCAAGAUUAGGCCAGUAGUUAAGCAUAUGGUCCCCAUAAACACAUUUGUUUUGAAGUCUUUAGGAAAACUAAAAUCAACACUCAAUUUCUACUGCCAAAAAGAAAAGUUUAUCUUUGACUCAAAUGCAGACUUUCUUUGUCUCCAAACCUUAGGCCUAAAUAUCAGGUGAUCUUGUCGGUUUGACAGUUUAGAUGUAUUAAUUCACAUUCACCCUUUUCUAUAAAAAUGAGCACACAUCAUAUUCUGGUAAUAAUGGUCUUCUGCUGUGUGUAAUAGUUGCACCUUUUAGUGUUGCACUUGGAUUCUGCAGUAUACGUAAUAGGGAAGUGCUGAUCUGACUUUUCUAGUCCCGAUACUGAUACCUGGGCUUUGGGUGUCUGCAUAUACUGAGUACGGAUCAGAUACCUGUGUUUAAUUAAUAAGCUGUAUUCUUCACUCUAUCGAAGAGACUAGGAUCAUUCUUUAAUGUGUAAGGCAUCAUUAGGCGUGACUUAAACAUUGAUUUCCUAGCUUUGUAGAACUAAAUGUAACAAAUGAAUGCAUAGAUAUACAUUUAUUUCAUUGUUAUUUCUUAUUGAGAUAAUGAAUUGUGUACCAGCAACUUGGUAAAGAAACAAAAUGAACAGGAAUUACAUUUGAAAUGUAGACCCUUUUUAAAUGCAGCAACAAAUUGAUUAAAACGGACAAUAAUAAACAAUAAUAAAGCUAUUAGUACUAUGAUAUAUUGCUGCCUUUAUAUUUUAGUCUAACUCGACAUUUAAGGUGAAAUCGGACCCUGUUUUCUGAGUCAUGUACAGUUACUUGAGAAGCUCACUGUUUUAGUGGGAUACUGUCAGAUUUACUGAAACCUCCUAUGAAGUCACGAUUCCUAAAGUCAGUGGAAUCAGACCUACACGUGGUCUAAGAAUAGGUCGUCUAAUAUCACUCUUGCCACAGGCCCUGAGGGGGAGAUGACAAAGGAGGAUGUUUCGGAGCCCGUUGAGGGAGACACCGUGCUGGGCUGGGCCUCUUCCCUUCAGCGGUCCGUCAUCCACCAGGUGGCCUCUGCACCGAUGCCCAGUGACUGUGAGUUCUCCUUCUUUGACCCCAGCGAGCCGCAGUGCAAGGAGGUUCUUCUGGAUCCCAGCACCACCAUACCAGAGCUGUUUGCUGUCCUCAGGCAGUGGGUGCCCCAGGUUCAGAAGAACAUCGACCUCAUCGGCAAUGAGAUCCUGAAGAGAGGCUGCGGUGUGAACGACCGAGACGGUCUGACAGACAUGAGCCUCCUGCACUACUGCUGCAAGGCCGGGGCCCCGGGCAUUGGUGACGCAGAGACGUCUGCCGGCUUUGCCCGCCAGCUCCUCGCCCUGGGCGCAGAUCCCAACCUCCGCUCGCGCUGGACCAACAUGAGGGCCCUGCACUACGCUGCGUACUUCGACGUGCCCCAGCUUAUCCGGGUCGUGUUGCAGGCCUCGCAGCCUGGAGAGGUAGAUGCCACCUGCAGUGACUUUGACUUCGGCACCGCCUUGCACAUCGCUGGGUCCAACCUGUGCAUAUCAGCUGUCAGAUGUCUCUUACAGCUGGGAGCCAACCCUGCUUUCAGAAACAUGAAAGGGCAGUGCCCAGCAGACGUGGUGCCUGACCCCCUCGACAUGCCGUUGGAGAUGGCGGAUGCAGCCGCCGUGGCCAAAGAGCUCCGGACUUUGCUGAGGCAGGCUUUGCCCAGACCCAGCUCCCCUCUGCCCCUCACGCUGCAAGCCCAGGCCCUUCCUGUUCUCUCCGACAAGGCCAGGAUACAGCUCGCCACCAUGGGAAUCCGACUGGGGGACCGCGUGGUGAUAGCCGGACAGAAGGUUGGAAGCCUGCGUUUCUGUGGUAGCACCGAGUUCUCUGGAGGCCUCUGGGCCGGAGUGGAGCUGGACAAACCAGAGGGGAAGAACGAUGGCUCGGUAGCCGGGGUCCAGUAUUUCACCUGUCGACUCAAACAUGGAAUCUUUGCUCCCCUCUCGAAGAUAAGCAAACCUUUGGAAAGACUGAAAGCCAACAGCAGAAAGGCGUCCACACCCGUACGCCCCCCUCGUCGCGUUGACGUGUCCCGCAUCACCUCAAAGAUAAACACAGGUGUCCUCUCCCGCUCGCUCUCCUCUUCGUCCUCUUCACUGGACUCUCGGCAUGCACCGGGCACCCGACCCCGUCCGCUGCCAAGGCAACGACUUCCCGCCAGGCUGCGAAGGGAGCGCGCUUCUCUCAGGCCCAGGAACACGCCCUCGCCGGCCCUCCACCUCUCUCCUGACACCACAGCACUGACUGCUGCAGGUCUUCGAAGCCGAACCCCUUCAGCUAGCAGCUCUGUGUGCGGGGGCCCUGAGGUGCGCCUGGGGGAGAGGGUGCUGGUGGUAGGCCAGAGAACAGGUGUAGUCCAGUUCUAUGGAAAGACCAGCUUCGCUCCAGGGCUCUGGUUAGGGAUUGAACUGGACAAGCCAAGUGGAAAGAAUGAUGGAUCAGUGGGAGGGGUGAGGUAUUUCUGUUGCCCACCUAACCACGGCGUCUUUGCUCCUCCGUCUCGUGUUCAAAGGAUCCAUGGAUCAGUCGAUUGCCUUUCGGAGCUCUCCUCCUCGCGUGUCAGUCAUCCUUUCAACGGGACAAUCCGUCGCAGUCUCAGCACAUCGUCGGCCAUCGCCACCCCGAAGGAGACGAGCAGAAGAAGUCCUGUAACCAGAAGUCGCUCCAACCCUCACCGUCGGCGGUGGAACACCCUCAGCGGCGGUAUCGGUGUUGUUCCCGGGAGCGCAGCAGGGUCCAGCCCCUCGCCCGGCUCUGACGGACAGGUCUGUCUCCAUGUGGGCAUGCAGGUCCUGCUCAGCAGCGCAAAUGACAUGGCGUUCAUCCGUUACCUGGGCACAGCGGACUUCGCCCCGGGCCUUUGGCUGGGCCUGGAGCUCCGAAGACCUACGGGCAAGAACGACGGCUCCGUGAGCAGCCGCCGUUACUUCACCUGUCGACCGGGCCACGGCGUGCUGGUCCGCCCCAGCCGCGUCACCUACCGUGGCAUCAACGGUUCUCGCUUGGUGAAUGAAAACCGCUAAGGACUGUCGGAACAAGGGUGGGCGGGGCCUGGGAGGGACAUUUGAGAUGUUUUGACUUUCUGUUUGUGUUCAAUUCUUGAAGUUUGAGCUUCUCAUUCUUCUUUGCGUUGCGUAUUAUUUCUCUACUCUUUCAGAGGUGUCGUGAGUAAAAGUAAAAUAGUUCAAAUUUAGACUACUAGAUUUAUUUUUGGGAAAAAUGUUGGAGGCAAAGCACUUUAUAGAAUAAACUUUAAAUUGUUAUUAACAGUAAUAUUGGCAGCAUACAGGUGUGAAAAAGUCUUAAGCUAUAAGACACUGCACUACUUUGAAUCUGAUUGCACUAAGAAACGAUAUCGAUCAAUAUGAUGUAUCAGAAUAAGAGACUGGAUAGUUUCUCAUACCAAAAGCUAAUUUUGAUCACAUGCAGUAGAGAUUUUUAUCAGAUAAUUUAGGCGGUAAUGUAGCCUACUCUCUAACCAAAAGUGUGCGUGUCUGCGUGUCCAUGUGUGUAUUAAUUAAGAGCACUUUGAAACCAGAGGAAUGGAUUGAUUCUUCCAGGGUCGUCGAAACUGUAUUUUCACUUUAUGAAUGAACCUGAAUUAAACAGGAUUUAAUUAAACCGAAACCUCCGUCAACCUCAAUCAAAUGCAACGGCGUCAAGAGAAGUUGUCGUCCUCCGUACAUCGGUCUCUGCCACAGACUGUCAUUGAACCCUAAAGGAGUCUGACUCACCGGAUGCAGACUGUGGGUGUAAGCCUGCCAUUGGCUGCCUGUUUCAGCCAGCAUUCUCUCCCCAGUUUGCUAUCUGCUUUGCGAGGGCACCGGCUGCUGCAUCCUGAGCUUAGCGCCGCCCAAGACGAUUGUGAUCGGUUUAAAGAAAUGCAGACGAGCCAGAGCAUAUUUUCCCCCUACACCAGAAUAAUGAUGUCUGCAGCCAGAGUCUUUAACGCUGACACAGCGCUGUGAAGACAAGUCUGACUUUACAAGACUAGCCCUCCACAGAUAAAUGAUGGUUAUAUUGUGCCAUAAGCACCUACUUAUCCUUCGGCUAUGAUUCCGUUGUAAUUGGCACCAGACAACUCAACUAUGGUUGAGGCAUUUAGAUAGUCUUAGGCAACACAAUGAAUUUGCCUGAUUAUACAUCUGACUUGUGUCGUGGUUGAGGAUUCAAACCUCUGCUUCUGACGGAGCAUCAGACCAGUCAGAGUUGUCAUAAUAAUGUGUUUCUAAAUGUGAGUGAUACAGAACGGUAUCGGUACAUCUGUUGAAGACCAGUGGUAAUUGUAUUAGAUGCUUAAGUAAAGCAGCUUGACACAGGAAAUAUGCAGUCGUCCAGAAGUUUCAAGGGUCUAGUUUGCUAUUUGAUUAGAGCCGUCUGGGCAACUCGGCCGAGAGCAGGCCAUCGAUCUUGCAUGUGGAAAACAGACCCGCUAUUCAGCAAAACACUCGUGUACCAUCCAAUUAAGGCGUGUCGGCCACAACAAGAGGCGUAGAAUCUCCAAUGGCCUUCUCUCAUUGAUCUGUCCGGUCAGGUCCGGUGUGAUUGAAAAGCAGCGGUGGUCAGGGCCCAAGGUUGUCUGAAAUGUCUGCCACAGAUCUAACGGAUGAAAUAAGUGCUCCUUUCCAAAAGUGCAGAUCAAAAACAUUUGAAUCCACACUUCCUUCUUAAAAAAAAAAAUAGCUUCUCAUUUAUUCAGUCCAUCUCUGUCAUCAUUUCUGCGGCAUUUGUUAGCGUUCUAUAUUUCUAAUCUCAUUCUAACAUGAACUUUACUUAUUUUGGUGUAUCUGCAGUCCCAGUUGUAUUACAGCAUGGUGAUGGGUGAUGGGUAUGAUGGGUAAUGGAUUUGUUAUUUUCAUAAAAUCCCUGAGCUGUAUAUUUGAAGUACGAGUGCGUGACAAAGGGAUUUGGUUUAAUGCAUUUUCAUGUUCUGGAAAAUAACAUUUGUAAAAAAAAUAAAAAUAAAAAAAGCAAA